CUGACGCUGGGUAAACCCUUGGGAGAAGGUUGCUUUGGGCAGGUUGUCAUGGCCGAAGCGGUGGGGAUUGACAAAGACAGGCCAAAAGAAGCGGUGACUGUGGCAGUGAAGAUGUUGAAAGAUGAUGCUACAGAAAAAGAUCUUUCUGACCUGGUGUCAGAGAUGGAGAUGAUGAAGAUGAUUGGGAAGCAUAAAAAUAUCAUCAAUCUCCUUGGAGCCUGUACCCAGGAUGGUCCAUUGUAUGUGAUAGUAGAAUACGCUUCCAAAGGAAACCUGCGUGAGUACCUGCGAGCACGCCGCCCCCCGGGGAUGGAGUAUUCGUUUGAUAUUAACAGGGUACCAGAGGAGCAGAUGACAUUCAAGGACUUGGUAUCGUGCACAUACCAGUUGGCAAGAGGCAUGGAGUACCUGGCUUCACAAAAAUGUAUCCAUCGAGACUUGGCUGCAAGAAAUGUUUUGGUAACGGAAAAUAAUGUCAUGAAAAUAGCAGACUUUGGUUUAGCCAGAGACAUCAACAAUAUAGAUUAUUAUAAAAAGACUACUAAUGGACGGCUUCCAGUAAAGUGGAUGGCUCCAGAAGCUCUGUUUGACAGAGUUUACACGCAUCAAAGUGACGUUUGGUCAUUUGGUGUGUUAAUGUGGGAGAUCUUCACGUUAGGAGGAUCGCCCUACCCAGGAAUCCCAGUAGAGGAACUCUUUAAGCUGCUUAAAGAAGGGCACCGAAUGGAUAAACCUGCCAACUGCACCAAUGAACUCUAUAUGAUGAUGAGAGAUUGCUGGCAUGCUGUGCCUUCACAGAGGCCGACGUUUAAACAGUUGGUAGAAGACUUGGAUCGGAUUCUCACUCUCACAACUAAUGAGGAGUAUCUGGACCUCAGUGGACCUCUCGAACAGUAUUCACCUAGCUACCCUGACACGAGGAGUUCGUGUUCUUCAGGUGAUGACUCCGUUUUUUCUCCCGAUCCAAUGCCUUAUGAACCCUGUCUUCCCAAGUACCAACACAUGAAUGGAAGUGUUAAAACAUGAGAAGAAAUCGUACAGAGGAAGAAAAAAACCAAGAACAUCAAGCUACCUACCAUAUACAAAACAAAAUCUUUUCUCCAGGACCUUAGUGUUUCUGCUUGUACAUAUGAAAUAUGAAAAGAAAAAA